UUGUUAUCAUUCUUUUGCAGUAUAUAAUGGCGUUGUCAGCACAGGUUGGCAUUGGAGUCACAUGUGUACUGAUUGCUCUUGUAUACCAGUGGUUCCCUAAAUCCGACUACUCUUCCAUUGUAACAGAAGAAAUUUCUGACGUAUACGAUUACAUCGUUAUCGGUGGUGGUUCGGCAGGUUCCGUAGUCGCAUCAAGACUCUCUGAAGAUAGUGACUCUUCGGUUUUAUUACUGGAGGCAGGGGCACAUUUUAUUGAAAGCCCCCUGACGCAUAUACCUCUUGCAUGGGCACCGCUUGAACAUUCUGAAUAUGAUUGGGAAUAUUACACGGAAAAGCAGACACAGUGUUUUAAAGGAAUGAAAGACAACAAAGGGUACUGGCCACGUGGCCGGGUUCUUGGAGGUUCGGGUAUUCUAAAUGGAAUGCAGUAUACACGUGGUAGUAAGUUUGAUUAUGACGGAUGGGUAGCCGACGGAUGUGAUGGCUGGAGCUAUAAAGACGUUCUUCCGUACUUUCUGAAAUCUGAAGAUAUGCAAAUUGAACGUUUUAAAUCCUCGAAAUACCAUAGCAGUGGAGGACCGCUCGCUGUGUCAUAUAGUCCACCUACAGAAUUGACAAAUCUGUUUAUGAAAAUGGGCCAAGAACUUGGCUAUCAAAUAACUGAUUACAAUGGAGAAGACCAAGAAGGUUUCAGUGUCGUUCAAAGUAAUGUACGGGAUGGAGUUCGUAGCAGCACUAGUCUGGAAUAUCUUGGAAAAAUUGGCAACAGAAAUAAUCUUGACAUUGCUGUUAAAACUUUGGUUACUAAAAUUGACAUUAAAAAUAAAAAAGCAGUUGGAGUUUUCUAUAUAAGAGACAAUAAGAAAUAUUACGUAAAGGCAAAGAAAGAAGUCAUCUUGUCAGCGGGUGCUAUAAAUUCACCGCAACUAUUAAUGUUAUCAGGAAUUGGCCCUAAGGAGCAUCUUAAUGAAAUGGGUAUACCUGUAAUCAAAGAUCUGCCUGUUGGACAAUAUUUAAAAGAUCACCAGCUUGUUGUCCUUCCUUCUGCUAUAAACAAACCAUAUGGUCUCACAAAAGAACAAAUAAUCGGCCGAUGGGCACAGUUACAGUAUGACUGGUUUAAAAGUGGACCGUUAGCAAACACUGGUUUAGACGGAUCCGCCUUCUUACAUUUAGACAAGUCUGAUCGCGGGAAAACUUUUCCCGAUAUUCAAAUUAUAUUUUUCAAUUUCCUUUUUGCCGAUAACCUCUUCAGCUUAAAAGAUGAAAUAGCCGAUGAGUAUAUAGCAAAAGAUGGUUCUCUUCAUGGUUUUAGCACGGACGUGUGCAUAACUCAUCCACAUAGUACUGGAACAUUGAAGCUUAGAAGUACAGACCCAUUCGAUCCUCCUUUGAUAGAUCCGCAGUAUUUUACAGACAAAAGAGAUAUUAAAACAAUGAUCGGAGGUAUUCGGUUAUGGGAGAAAUUUUCAGACACAAAAACAUUUAAAGAUCUUGGCGUCGACAUAAAUCAAGCGAAAUACAAGUUCUGCUCUGCAUUCGAAUUUCGAUCUGACGAAUACUGGGAGUGCUUCAUCCGUCAUGUAUCAGCAACCGAAUACCACCAUGCCUGCACGUGCAGAAUGGGCGGGGAAAGUGAUCAAUUAGCGGUUGUAGACACACAGUUACGUGUUAAAGGUAUUCAAGGACUAAGAGUGGUAGAUGCCUCUGUUCUACAUAACAUAACGUCUGGGAAUACCAAUGCCCCUACUAUAAUGAUCGCAGAAAAGGCAGCGGAUAUGAUACGAGGAAAAGAUACUGUGGCAAAAUAUCGUAAAAACUUGUGAAGAGAAAUGAGAGUGUCUUCCUGCUUGCGAAAAAAUCAUGUAUACAUUGCAUUUAUAAUAAAAUUAACUGAUUUGAAACGUAUUAUAAACAAACAGUUUAUGUAGCCACAGAACACUGACGUGUAUAUGUUAAGGUAUACUAUAAGAUUUUAAAUACACAUGUCUUGAAAUAUUUGAAUAAAUUAUGCAGUAAUAUAGUAAAAUGUUGUAUAAAUGAGUGUUGUAUAAAUGAAGUGUGAAUAGUGCUGUUUGCAAAUUUCCUAUUUGCGUGAUCACAUUUAGUUUGUUAGCUCGGAAAAUCACCACUCACCGUAUGGUGACUUAUUUACGCUUUUCAUCAGGUUAUGUUUGACAUAGUAUAUUCAUGCGAGUGUCGUGUUGCGAUUCGGGUCCUUUUUGCAUUCCGAGACGAAUCGAUCUCAAAGCUAUUUGCCCAAAGUGAACGUGUUUUACAUUUCCAAAGAGAGAGUACAAUAUUUCAGUAAAUUAAUUAGUUAACAAGUGUUCACAAGCAAAGUGGAAAACAACGUACUAGUAUGUAGGAUUUUUGUGAUUAGUUUAUAAGAAAAUAAGAGACAGAAUAUCCGUUUGACAUAUUGCUUAUAUUUGAUGGCAUGCUUUAUAUCAUAUUAAAAUUCAUGCCAAUA